GUGUCUGAAGCUUCUGUUAGCAGAAACCGCAGUACUAUUAUUGUUCCUGCAGGAAGUGCACGGGAUGAAGGGUGGGCUGCAUUCAGGAAUAUUUUGGCUGAAAUAAAUGAGGCAUCCAGACUUUUCAUGCUGCCCAAUCAGCAACAAAAUUCUGAGCCAUCAGAACAUCUUGUUGGGCUUUCAGAUGAUGUAGGAGCUGGUUUUAUAACUGGUCAUAGUUCUCAACCUGCUCCAACAUCAGAGUUUAAUGUAGACAGAGCAGUUGAUUUGCCACCAAUGGAUGAUAAUAAUAAUUUGGGGGUCUCAAAGGUGAUCAGGGCCGAUCAAAAGAGGUUCUUUUUUGAUCUUGGCAGCAACAACAGGGGCCACUUUUUAAGAAUAUCUGAGGUGGCAGGUUCUGAUCGCUCCUCCAUCAUUCUCCCACUGUCAGGGCUAAAACAGUUUCAUGAAAUGGUGGGUCACUUUGUGGAGAUCACCAAAGAUCGAAUUGAAGGAAUGACUGGUGCACAUAUUCGGACAGUGGACCCUCCUCAAAGAUGA